CACGGCAGGGGAGGGGGAGAGCAACCAGAGGCUCGUGCGCAAACCGCGUGUGGCGCAGCGGAGAGAGGAGGAACCGAAAAUAAACAGCAACGAAUCACGUAGCUAAGUGCAGAGGCCGCAGCAGGCGUGGGUGGGCGGCGCGGUGAAUGUUCCAAUGGAACUGCAGGAACCCAGCGUGGGGCAGCUGGAUCCGGUGAGUCGAUUUAACUGCUGAUAAGUGAAAUGAGUAGCAACGAUUGCUUUGGGUGCGGCCGUUCAGGCCACUGGAUCAAGAACUGUCCAGGGCGUGGGCGUGCUAAGAGCCGUGGACGAGGAAAAGAUCUUUUCUGCUACCGCUGUGGAGAACCAGGCCACGUUGCCAGGGACUGUGAACGGACUGAAGACGCGUGCUACAACUGUGGCCGCGGUGGCCACAUCUCCAGGGACUGCAAGGAGCCUAAGAAGGAGCGGGAGCAAUGCUGCUACAACUGUGGCAAGGCCGGCCACAUGGCCCGUGACUGUGACCAUGCCAACGAACAGAAGUGCUACUCCUGCGGAGGUUUCGGUCACAUCCAGAAAGGCUGUGAAAGAGUCAAGUGCUACAGGUGUGGUGAGAUCGGUCAUGUUGCCGUGCACUGCAGCAAGGCGAGUGACGUCAACUGCUAUAACUGCGGCAAGUCUGGCCAUUUGGCGAAAGAAUGCACCGUCGAGGCGGCCACAGCUUAAUCCAUUUCCUUUGUUGUCGCCCCUCCUUUUUCUGAUUGAUGGUUGUAUUAUUUUCUCUGAAUCCUCUUCACUGGCCAAAGGUUGGCAGAUAGAGGCUAGUCCCAGGCCAGUGAGCUCUUGACAUUUAAAAUGAGGAAAGGGGUGGAAAAAAAAAAAUCCACUUUCUGCAUUUAAUACAAAAAAAAAGUUUAUGUUUAGUUUGGUAGAGGUGUUAUGUAUAAUGCUUUGUUAAAGAACCCCCUUUCCAUGCCACUGGUGAACAGGGAUGAGUGAGUGGGAAUAAAACGCGUCGGGUAGGCCCUCUGGGCAGGAGGAACUGAGCCUAAGCGAGAGGCAAAAACAGGAUCGUGGAAGAACGAACUUCCAUAUAUGAGUUAAUUUUCUUUUUGUUUUUUGAACAAACAAAAAAGAGAUGGCCUGAGUGUUUGACAUGAGAAGCAGUACACAACAUAUGUAUGAUACGAUCCAUCUGACUCUGGGCCCUAUCAGCAGCACAGAGCAGAGUGGAGCCAACCGAAAAGAAAUGUUCUGUUACCCAUAAGAAAAGGAAAAAGAAAAAAAAAAGAAAAAAGUAAAAUCUGGAAAAUAAAAAAAGGAAAUUUGAAGCGAACAUUCUUUUGUAUAGAGUCAGCUGUUUGAGCCGUUAACACAGACGCUGCUCGCGUUUCAUUUUGGUCCCAAUUUUUCAAAGUAGUUUAGGUAAUUUUUCCCAAAAGGAGAAAAUAAAACCUCAAGAAUAAGCUGAAGCUGAAAGAAAACCAGACAUUGAAGUUAUUUGAGAAAGGAGAAUGUUUUCACAGAAAUCAAAAUGUUAUUUUUGUACAAUAUAUCACUUAGACUACUGUAAAAAAUAUCAUUUGCUUGUACUCAGUUUUUAAGUCGGAAGGUAAAUGCAACUGAAGUCCUAGAACAUAGAAAUGUAAUUUUAAACUAUCAAUAAAGCUGGAGGAGGAAGGGGAGUAAGAGUG